AUGUCGGCCUUGGGUCAGACGGGGACCAACGCCCACAACUCGAACACACACCAGGUGCCCGGCCUCAGUUUCCCGCAGCCGAACGGUAGCCUGCGAGGACGUGGAUUUCCAUCAUCUCACUCCGCGACACCGCCCAAGCCGUCACCGACGCCGCAACAACAGCAACAGCAGCAGCAACAACAGCAGCAACAGCAACAGCAGCAGCAGCAGCAGCAGCAGCAGCAACAACAACAACAGCAACAACAGCAGCAGCAACACCAGUCGCCCUACGGUCAGCCUCAGCACUAUACACCCCAGCAGCCACCACAAGGGACAUACCCACCGCCGCUCUUCUCGACCACUCCAUCCCCCGUACCCGGCGUCCAUAACAUACCGAAUGGCAACGCAAGGCAUGGCUCUGGCCAGGCACACACGGCCUCAGCCGUGGCGGCGUCUCGUCAAAGGGCUGGCCAACAACGGCAUAUGCAGCAGUCACCGAACCAGAUGGCCUACAUUACACAGAUGAACCAGCCAAUGCCCCAGCAAGUACCGCAACAAGUUCCGCAACCCGUGCAGCAGGUCCAGCCCCUACAGCAGAUGCACCAGAUGCCUCAACAGGUCCAGCCCAUACAGCAGCAGCAACAACAGCAGCAGCCCGUGCAGCAGUUACAACAGCCGCAGCAGGUGCACCAGCCGAACGAUCCAAACUUGAUGACUCAAACUCCUCGCCCGCAAGCACGCCACCCACCGCACCCACAGCCACACCAAACUCCCCAUCAACAGGCACAUCAACAGGCACAUCAGCAGGCACAUCCGCAGGCGCAUCAGCAAGCCCACCAGGCGCACCAGCAGGCGCAUCCCCAGGCACACCCACAAGGACCCCCACCUGUGCCUGUUCAAGUCCACCAACAACACGCACCUCUCCAACCGCAACCACAUCCAGCACCGCAACAGGUUCAGCCGCCUCAGAGCCAAAAUGCACUGCCCAAGUCCGAACCUGGCGCUCAACCUAGCGACCCGCACAGUGGCGACGAGAUGGAAGUAGACAGUCAAGAAGAAUCAGGAGAUGUGGAUGGCCAUCUUUCGCCGAAGCUCCUGGAGGGUACCCCGUAUGUCCCGCGAACGCCCAUGGGGAAUAUGAUGUCGGCACCACCUGAAGGAGGCAGCUACGCGAGCCUCGAAGCCGUCCACAAGGAGGUGCUAGCGUACUGCACGUCAGUGGGUUAUGCUGUGGUGAUUGGCAGAUCAAAGAAGACUGUGCCGGGUCUGAAGAAGGUCUUGUUCGUGUGUGACCGUGCUGGGAAGCCGCCGAGCCGUGUCAGCCCGGAGGCCAGGAAGCGCAAAACAUCGUCUCGCAAGUGCAACUGCCAAUUUGGCUUCUUUGCGAUCGAGCAGAGGACGCAGUGGACUAUUCGCUACCGGCCAGAUCCUGUUCAUCUCCAGCACAACCAUGGGCCAAGCGAAAGUCCUCUACUGCACCCGGCGGCGAGGAAGCUGGAUAGCAAGAUGGUGGCGUCCGUCAAGCAGCUAAAGGAGGCCGGCAUUGGCGUCACGCAGACGCUGGAAAUACUGCAGCAACAGAACCCCCACGUGCCCCUAUUGCCCAGGGAUAUCUACAACGCACGUGCGGCAAUCAACCGCAAUCCUCAGAAAGUGGAAGCUGGUAUUGCGGACGAACGCCCAGCCAUCUACAGCAAGCCGGCUCCCACGCCAGAGGAGCGGAUCCGCUCUGAUUUGCGCCGGCAGUUACAGAUGGCCAAGAACGAGCUAGAGCAGCUUCGAGAGGACAGCAAGAAGGAGAUCGAGGAACUCAAGGAGAAGCUCCGAGAAAAGGACAAGAUGAUCGAAAAGUUUGAAAUGUUUAUUGAUAUUUGCAACGAGCGGGUCAUGGUUCAGAGGCAGAAACUGACUGAUCCGAGCGAUGGAAACGGCAACGCCAGCGGAGCGAGCAAUUAG